AUGAAGACAAUCUAUUGCAGAUCACAAGCAUCUGGUAAAGUAAUAAGCGGAGAGGAACAUUUUUCAAGCAAAAAGUGCCUGGCUUGGUUUUAUGAAUAUGCAGGUCCUGAUGAAGUUGUGGGGCCCGAAGGAAUGGAAAAGUUCUGUGAAGACAUCGGUGUUGAGCCUGAAAAUAUUAUUAUGUUAGUUUUAGCCUGGAAACUAGAGGCUGAAAGCAUGGGAUUUUUUACCAAGGAAGAAUGGUUAAAAGGAAUGACCUCGUUACAGUGUGACUGUACAGAAAAAUUACAGAGUAAAUUUGACUUCUUGCGGUCACAAUUGAAUGACAUUUCAUCCUUUAAGAAUAUCUACAGAUAUGCCUUUGAUUUUGCAAGGGAUAAAGACCAGCGAAGUCUUGAUAUUGAUACUGCAAAAUCCAUGUUAGCUCUUCUGCUUGGAAGAACUUGGCCACUGUUUUCAGUAUUUUAUCAAUACCUGGAGCAAUCGAAGUAUAGAGUUAUGAACAAGGAUCAGUGGUACAAUGUACUAGAGUUCAGCAGAACUGUCCAUGCAGAUCUUAGCAACUAUGAUGAAGAUGGUGCAUGGCCUGUACUUCUGGAUGAAUUUGUUGAAUGGCAAAAAGUUCGUCAAGCGUCAUAGCAAGAAUUGAAAAGAAAAUGCAAAAGUUUUUUUUGGUGCCCGCCUGUACACAAACUAAUGAGAAAAACAAAAAGAUUGCAUUUUCAUUCUUAAGAAAGACUUUACAGUAAUUUUUUUCCUUUUUUAAGGAAAUUUUCUUGUUACACAUGAUAUGGGCAUUGAACCACACCUCUUCGGAGACUGAAAGUUGGGAGUUCUUGUUUUGAGUCUUAUGUUUAUAGCAUUUAUUUCAGAACAAUAAAGAUUCAGAUUUGUGACAAAGGC